CUAUCUCUCAAGAGAACUCAGUAUCACAUCACAAUUGCAAUGAAGCUGUUGGUUAUCCUGUUUUUAAUCACCGAAACAAUAUGUUACUACCACAGCGACGUAGGAAUUCCUGAAGCGACCAGAAUAAAGUCAGCAGAACUAAUUAACCAAAGAGUAACAGGCGGCGAAUUAGCAGACUUGGGAGUUUAUCCCUUUUUCGCGGGCCUAGUGAUAGCUGUGAACGUAAACUUGACGUCAGUAUGCGGCGCUUCUAUAAUUUCUAAUACAAAAUUGAUUACGGCGGCGCAUUGCUGGACCGACGGUGAGUAUCAAGCUUUACUCGUCGAAGUGGUCCUCGCUUCAAAUACCUUAUUCACGGGCGGGACGAGAGUAGCAACCGAUGACGUCAUCGCCCACGAAGAUUUCAACCCGGAAUCUUUGCAGAAUGACAUUGCGAUCAUAACUGUGCCGAGAAUCGAAUUCAGUGGUAAUUUGAUGGCGAUAAGUUUACCGAUGGUGGAUUCUUAUGUCGGUACUCAGUGUCAAGUGGUCGGUUUUGGCCGGACGGCCGAAGAGGAACCGUUGACUUUGACACAGCAGUUAAGCCACGCGUAUUUGACGGUAAUAAGCAACGAGGAGUGUGGUAUCUUUUAUGGGGAGCUGAUUACGGAUUCGUUGGUGUGUACGAGUGGUUUGGACGGGAGGGGGCCGUGUGGUGGGGACUCUGGGGGACCAGUGUUUUAUGGAGAUGAAGAGUUUACUUUGAUAGGUGUGGUGUCAUUUGGAGCGGCGUACGGCUGCGAGGCCGGAUUCCCUUCAAGCCAUACCAGAGUGACGGCUUUCCUUCAAUGGAUCAAUGAAAGAAUGUAACAUCGUGAUAAUGUUAUUAAACACGAAUCAUUCCAAUUAAAUAAGUUUUGAGAUUUUU